AUGUAUAUAUCAGUACUACCAUAUGCACAAAAUCCAUCUGUGAGAAAAUUAUCGAAGAUUGCAACUUUACUAUUAGCUAAAAAUUAUAUUCUACUACUUACUAAAAGUGUUAAGGAAUUGCAAGAGAAGCUAGACAUGAUGGCUAAUAAGUUUUCAAUGUGUCAAAAUGAACCUAUACAGUUAAACAAUCCUGUGAAUAACCUUACUCCGGUUAACCUUAUAGCAACGAUAGCCUCUUCAUUAAUGUCUUCUUCAUCAUCACUGAAUUCUUCAUUGUCACCAGCACCAUUAUCCACACCUUGUUCUUCUUCACUUCAUCAGGUUUUUGCAUCUUUGUCAUCAAAUCUACCAGUGUUACAAUCCUAUCCCAUGUCAUCAUUUACUCCAAUACCAUCUCAUAUUCUCUUGACAGAAAAUAAACAAUUCAAUGAUCAUAGUCCUGUCUCUGUAAAAAGGAUCCCGAAUAAUGAUGUGAGCACUGAUAUCUGUUCUAAUGUCAUUCAGCCCACUUCGAUAUCUCUGUUCUCGUUACUAGAUACGACUACCAUUCAGAAUACUGAUCAAUAUCAUAGUCAUAAUCCGAAUAGUCUGGUUGUAGCCUCACCCUCAUUUCCAACCUUGUUAUCAAAUAGAGUUUCUGUUCAAUCUCCGGAAAAAUUACUUUCUAAUCAGGUGAAUUUAUUCAACAAAGAAUUAUAUGAUAUAACAAAUUUAUCAUCAUACAACCCUACUAUAUAUCCUGGGAUAAAUCAAAUGUUUAAAUUUAAUUUUUGUAAAUAA